AUGCAGAAGAACAUCACAUUUGUUAAUUUUGUGAGGGCUGGAGAAAAGAAAGACAACCAGGCAGAAGGUUUAGGGAUACUUGGAACAGCAUCAGACUGGCAGAUGACAGCAGACAUACAUCAACGCAUGAGUUUCCCAGCAGAAAUAGCAGCAACAUCGCUAAGACCAGAUAUAGUCAUUUGGUCACAGGAAACUAGGCAGGCGGUCUUGCUGGAACUGACAGUCCCAUGGGAAGACAGAAUAGAGGAAGCUUAUGAAAGAAAGAUGGCAAAAUACCAGCAGCUAGUAGAGGAUUGCAAACAGCGGGGAUGGAGGAUGUGGUGUUUGGCAAUAGAAGUCAGAUGCAGGGGCUUUGCAGGACAGUCAAUGUGGCGGGCACUUAGGACCUUUGGGAGUGGUACGAGCAGAGAGGAAGACACUGAUUACAGAAGUGUGUAG